AUGGAAAUGUUUAAAUGUAGAUAUGUAAAUCAUGAAAAUGAAGAAAUAAUGGGAUUUUGCUUAAAUCAGAAUUGUCAGAAAGCAACUUAAUAUUGUUAUUAAUGCUUGACAUAGACUCAUUCAGAUCAUUAAAAUGAUUGUAUUCGAUUUGUCACAAUGAACUAAUAUAUCAAUUAAUUCAUAUAAGUUUAAAAGCAAUCUAAUACAUAAAUCAAAGAAAUUAUCAAUCAAAUGAAGAAUUGUUUUGAAUAGAUAUAAAAAUAGAUGGAUCAAGAAAUUAGAAUCUUAGAGGAUAUGAAUUAGAAACUAUUAAAUAAAGAAUACUUAUCGUUUAAGUAAGAAAUUAAUACAAUUAGACAAUUUUACUCCAAGGAAAAAGAAAAAUCAAUAUGUAUUUUAUUCCAAUUAUUUUAAUAGAAAACCAAAUAAUAGAAUUCAAUUAAAUUCUUAAUACAAUCAAAAAUAUAGUAUCAGUUUAAACAACCAUCAAUACUCAAGUGAAAACUGUAGAAGAAAAUAAUAUCAACAAGUAAGAAAAUAAAUAGAAAUGCAAUGAACAAAAGAACUUGGAAAUAGAAAAAGCACAAUAGUUAUUUAAUUAAGGUAAAAUACAUUAAGAAUAAAAUAGCCAAAGAAUUAACUGAUAAAGGUAAAUAUCAAGAGGCUAUAAAUAUAUUUAAUAAUUCAAUCAAAUUAUUUGAUUAACAUGACGAUGUUUAUAGAUGGAAAGGUAGUAUUUUAGUAUGUAUAAUAAGGUUUCGCAUUAAACAGGUUAAAUAAAUAUUAAGAAGCUAUUGAGUGCUAAGACAAAGCUAUUUCUAUAAAUCCUAAUAAUGUUAGUGCUUGGAACAACAAGGGUAAUAUAAUUUAAAAUACUUAUAUAUAGGUUUNGAUAUAUUUAUUAUUCUACUAAUUGACAUGAGUAAAGAUAAAAAUGCAAAAAAGAACAAUAUAAAGCCAGUUUGCGAAGACAAAGUCUUUGAUUGUUUUCUCUGA